AUGUAUCAGAUUGGCUCAUUGCCAACGCUGGGCUUCUGCCAAAGAAUUCUCAUUCUUUGCGAAUGCGUUUCCCACAUGUCUGCCUCACUGUCGCAAAGAAAUCUGCAUCUGGCGAGAUGCCACCUUGGCCCCAAAAGUUCAGGCUUGGCUCCAGUUGGAGCUUCUUCUUUAGGCGCUCGGAGUAACUGGCAGUGUGUGGCUCAUGAUGCCGAGAUAAAAGUUUCUAUUAUUUUUGAAGAAAGUAGACUUUUUUGA